AUGGUUUUCUUUACCUCUUGCUUUCUCCUCCUUCAUUCGUUUGCUUGCUCCGCUCACCCACACUACUCAACAUACACUCACCUACUUCCCCAACCGAACUCUCCACCUGCUUCACUCGUUGCUUCCUUUCAUCUAGCUCUCAUCUGGUUUGUCUGUACACUUUGUGUAUCAUACUUCGUAUAUUCAAUUCAUUUCUUCUUUCCGGUCUUCCUUGCCGGUAAAACUGCCGUUUCGAUUAUUACAAUUUCACAGAUCUUUCAACACUACCCCCCACCGUCCCCCGACACUCCCAUCGCUCCCCACCAUUUCCUAUAUCGUCUUACGCCUGCCCUUGCAAGCCACACCCCGCAAGGCUUGACAUUUUGAGGUAUCGCUGCCCUGGACGGAAUGCUAGAUGCACCCCGGGCCCGUCCGGGGCUCAUGGCGGUCCCCCCACCGGGCAGACAGCAGAGAAGCGAAGCCUGUCGCAAUGUGCGCCCCCUGCAGAGACCGACCAGCUCACAAUCUCCCUUUUUUUUUUCAGCUCGAUACAAAGUUACUGUACCGCGGACACCCCUCCUAUGAGAUUGCAACCACAACUCCCACCAAUUUGCUCCGCCAUUUGAGCUUGAUAUCCUCUCCAUUGCGCUCGUGUCCAUUGCUACAUUUACAGUGAGCCACCUGCUCACUGUGAGUGCAAACUGAUACAGCACCCUCAGACCCAACAGCAUACUUACUGGGACGAUGUCCCAUGGUUCAGCUAUGUUGGGGUAUCAAAGUUUAGCUGCUCUGAAUGCGAUCUUUGGAUACAGUUAGUCAACAAACUGGACCAGCGACAGUAUUACACAAAAGGCUCCCACGGCAAGUGGUAUUGGCCGUCGGGGAUACCCGCCGUAACAGAGCAGAGGCUAGAGAAUAUUCUAGUAAAAGGACUUGUGCAGAACCACGCCACACACUUGUGGGCGAGGGGACUGCUGGGGCUAGACUCAGGCCCUAGUUAGUGAUGGGG